AUGAACCGAUCAGAUGUGGAAAAUCUAGAGUGUGGAUUAUCAGUACAAGAAGCAAGAAUCCCAACACUUAAAAUACUCAAACAUAUCUUGGCCAUCGUGUCUAUCCUGUUCAUUGUACUUUCCACCAUUGCUCUGUCUCUCAACACACUGCCGGAGCUGCAGGAAACAGACGAAUUUGGACAACCCAACGACAACCGCCAAUUAGCGCAUGUGGAGGCUGUGUGCAUUGCUUGGUUUACCAUGGAGUACCUUUUGCGCUUUCUGUCGUCACCAAAUAAAUGGAAGUUCUUUAAAGGCCCAUUAAACGUCAUUGAUUUGCUGGCCAUCUUGCCAUACUAUGUCACCAUUUUUCUCACGGAGUCCAACAAGAGUGUGCUGCAGUUCCAAAACGUGAGGCGUGUGGUCCAGAUCUUUCGAAUCAUGCGCAUCCUCCGGAUUCUCAAACUCGCCAGGCAUUCCACAGGUCUACAGUCUCUGGGCUUCACCCUGAGGCGGAGUUACAACGAAUUGGGCUUGUUGAUACUGUUUUUGGCCAUGGGGAUAAUGAUAUUUUCCAGCCUGGUAUUUUUUGCUGAGAAGGAUGAGGAUGCUACCAAGUUCACCAGUAUCCCUGCAUCAUUUUGGUGGGCCACCAUCACCAUGACCACUGUUGGCUAUGGUGACAUUUACCCUAAAACGUUACUAGGGAAAAUUGUGGGAGGUCUGUGCUGUAUUGCUGGAGUUCUGGUUAUUGCCCUUCCUAUCCCAAUCAUUGUGAACAAUUUCUCUGAGUUCUACAAGGAGCAGAAACGCCAGGAGAAGGCAAUUAAGAGGAGAGAGGCUCUUGAGAGGGCCAAGAGGAAUGGAAGUAUUGUUUCAAUGAACUUAAAAGACGCCUUUGCUCGAAGUAUGGAACUGAUAGACGUGGCUGUCGAGAAGGCAGGAGAGUCAGCCAAUACAAAGGACUCAGCUGAUGAUAAUCACCUGUCCCCAAGCCGGUGGAAGUGGGCCAGGAAGGCUCUGUCGGAAACAAGCUCCAACAAGUCCUACGAGAAUAAGUACCAGGAGGUUAGCCAGAAAGACUCCCACGAGCAGCUGAACAACACGUCUUCCUCCAGCCCACAGCAUCUGAGUGCCCAGAAACUCGAGAUGCUGUACAAUGAAAUCACCAAAACACAGCCUCAUUCUCACCCCAACCCAGACUGCCAGGAAAAGCCAGAGAGGCCAUCGGCAUAUGAAGAAGAGAUUGAAAUGGAAGAAGUGGUGUGCCCUCAGGAGCAGCUGGCCGUGGCCCAGACCGAGGUCAUCGUGGACAUGAAGAGCACCUCCAGUAUCGACAGCUUCACCAGCUGCGCCACCGACUUCACAGAGACCGAGAGAUCACCCCUGCCGCCGCCCUCUGCAUCUCACUUGCAGAUGAAGUUCCCACCCGACCUCCCAGGGACAGAAGAACACCAAAGAGCCAAGGGGCCCCCAUUUCUAACACUGUCCAGAGAGAAAGGGCCUGCUGUCAGGGAUGGCACCCUGCAGUAUGCCCCAGUCGACAUAACUAUGAACCUGGAUGCUGGUGCCUCCAAGUGUGGGCCGCACAGUCCUUUGCAGUCUGAAAGUGCCGCCGACAGUCCUAAGAGCUCUCUAAAAGGCAGCAACCCACUAAAGUCCAGAUCCCUCAAAGUGAACUUUAAGGAAAACAGAGGCAGUGCACCACAGACCCCGCCCAGCACAGCCAGGCCACUGCCAGUAACGACAGCUGACUUUUCUCUUACCGCCGCACAGCACAUCAGUACCAUACUCUUAGAAGAAACACCCUCCCAGGGAGACAGACCCUUGCUGGGCGCUGAGGUUUCAGCACAUUGUCAGGGACCUUCCAAAGGGCUGUCCCCCAGGUUCCCCAAGCAGAAACUGUUUCCUUUCUCUUCAAGAGAGAGGAGGAGCUUCACUGAAAUAGAUACUGGUGAAGAUGAAGACUUCUUAGAGCUCCCCGGGGUGAGGCAGGACAAGCAGACAGACUCCAGCCCAAACUGCUUUGCAGAUACACCUAGUGAUGGAAGAGACCCUCUAAGAGAAGAGGGCUGUGUGAGCUCUUCCUCUCCCCAGGACACAGAUUACAACUGUAGGCAAGACGUUUACCAUGCUGUGAGUGAAGUAAAAAAGGACAGUAGUCAAGAAGGGUGCAAGAUGGAAAACCACUUGUUUGCCCCAGAAAUUCAUUCCAACCCAGGAGACACGGGUUAUUGUCCCACACGUGAAACCAGCAUGUGACUAGUUACAAAAGCAAUAAAAAAAAAACUUGUUUCUUAAAAAUGAGGUUAAUAAUGCCUGUGAACUAAAACAUGGGAAGUCCCCCCUCAAAAAAAAGUGCAUAAAGUGUUAUUUUUGCAUGGCAUGAACAGUUUAGUUUAAGUACUGUUUAAAUAACGAGUCAAGACUGCAUUUUGUAACAAACCAACAAAAUGACUGAAGAACAGUGAACAAAUAAAAAGAGCUCUAUUAGGAACCGG